AUGGCAACUGGAACUACAUCUGGCAGAAAAGCUUCAAAUACACAAAAUAUUCAACCUGGGAAAAUAACUUCUUUGGGAACACUACUAAAACCUUUAAAUUCUGAAUAUGGUAAAGUAGCCCCAGGAUGGGGGACUACUGCAAUAAUGGGGAUUUUUAUGGGAUUAUUUGCAGUUUUUCUUGUAAUUAUUCUUGAAAUCUACAAUAGUUCUGUUCUUUUAGAAGACAUU